CUGUUUUUCUUUCCUUCUUUUUCAUUUUCCUUCAAACUAAAUUCAACUAGCAUAUAGAUAACAAAGAGUGGCCAUUUUUGAUGGUUUCCAAAAACUGCUUCUGCUGUGUACCUUUAAGAGCUGCUGUUACCACCAUUGCUGUUAUCUCCACAUCGUUUUACGUUGGCAUUUUGUUAUGGCUUUUGAAAGAGCGAAAUGUUGUUUAUAACUUUCCACAGCCAAGUUCAGCAACAGCCAUCGCAGCAUUUUGGAGCUUGAUAACGAUCAUUGCCAUGUAUGCAUUAAGUUCUGUUUUUGGAGUUAUUGGCAGUCUUAAACAAAAUAAGAACAUGAUAGACUUGUUUCGAUUUUUCUACUGGACAAUGGCAAUGCUAUUAUGUCUCUCGUCCUCAAUUCUAUGGAUAGUACUCAUAUUUAAGCAAAGUACAAUACUGGAAGAAUGCCAAUUGUAUGUCACAACACUAUCUCGUCAUCAAAAUGCCGCGCAUUAUACAACUUCAUAGUCAGUAGCCAGAAUCAAUUCACCAAUUAAUUUACGCAAAGAUGAUUGCGUUACAGCCACAAAGCAGUUCUUAAUAUUUACCGGUGUCUUUGUGUUUUUAGGCAACCUUUUACAGAUCUAUUUCGCCACUACUAUUAACGCCUAUGCUAGAUGGCUCAAAUCGAAUUUAUCAGUGCGUUAUAAGCGAAUAUUUUUGGCAGAUGAUCCCCCUGAAAUGGCAUCCAAAGUACCAAGUUUUUGAAGAACAUUUUCAGUACUGCGGAGGAUCGUACAACCACUACGUACUGUUACCUAGAUU